AUGCGCGCUCCUUCUCUUUUGCUAGCUGCAGUGGGCCUGGCAGGUUCAGCUGUUGCUCGUCCUUUUGGUGAGACCGAGGCCGUCCUUGGUCAACAAUUGCAGAGCCAGGAGAAGGCCGAUGCCGUGAAGGAAGCCUUUCAGCAUGCAUGGAAUGGGUAUAUGAAAUAUGCAUUUCCUCAUGACGAGCUGCACCCUGUCAGCAAUGGAUUCGGUGAUUCCAGAAAUGGAUGGGGUGCCUCGGCGGUAGAUGCGCUCUCGACCGCAAUUGUCAUGGGUAAUGCGGAUGCUGUCAACACCAUUCUGGACCAUAUCGCGAAGAUCGACUACUCUGAAACCUCCGACGGGGUCAGCUUGUUCGAAACAACCAUUCGCUAUCUUGCCGGCAUGCUGUCUGGCUACGACCUGCUCACCGGCCCUGCCUCGGGUCUGGUCAGCAACACUGAGAACGUAGACAACCUUCUCACCCAGGCCAAGAAUCUAGCAGAUGUGCUCAAAUUCGCCUUCUCGACCAAUUCCGGAGUUCCAUAUAAUAAUCUCAACAUCACAUCCCAGGCAAGUGACGGUGCGACCACCAACGGCCUGGCAGUGACUGGAACUCUGGUUCUCGAAUGGACGCGUCUCUCGGACCUGUUGGGCGAUGAAUCGUACGCCGAGCUCAGCCAAAAAGCAGAGUCGUACCUGUUGGCACCCCAGCCGUCAAGCGGAGAGCCCUUCCCCGGUCUUGUGGGCAGUAACAUCAACAUCAGCAACGGCGAAUUCGCUGACGGCAUCGUCUCGUGGAACGGUGGUGACGAUUCGUUCUACGAGUACCUGAUCAAGAUGUAUGUGUACGACCCCAAGCGGUUCGAGACAUACAAGGACCGGUGGGUCCUGGCAGCAGAAUCGGCCAUCAAACACCUCACGUCGCACCCGAAGCCUCGUCCCGAGCUGACUUUCCUCUCUUCGUACAACAACGGCAACUAUGAUCUGAGCUCCCAGCACUUGACCUGUUUCGAUGGUGGCAGCUACUUGCUUGGCGGUUCCGUGCUGGGUCGCCAGGAUUUCAUCGACUUCGGCCUCGAGCUUGUUCACGGUUGUGAGGCUACUUACAACCAGACCUUGACUGGCAUUGGCCCUGAUUCUUGGGGCUGGGACCCCGCCAAGGUUCCGUCGAACCAACGGGACUUCUACGAGCGCGCAGGCUUCUACAUUAACAGCGGCUACUAUGUUUUGCGCCCCGAGGUCAUUGAGAGCUUUUACUAUGCCUACCGCAUCACCGGAAGCGAGGUGUACCGCGACUGGGUGUGGAACGCUUUCGUAGCCAUCAACGCUACCACCCGUACAGAUUCCGGCUUCGCUGCUGUGACAAAUGUCAACGCAAAGAAUGGCGGCUCCAAGGACGAUAAUCAAGAGAGCUUCCUCUUCGCCGAAGUCAUGAAGUACUCAUAUCUCACUCAUGCAGAUGAUGCCGAGUGGCAGGUCCAGCCCGGCGACGGGAAUACCUUUGUCUUCAACACAGAGGCGCACCCCAUGCGCGUGAAACACACCUAA